AUGGCGGCCCUUGUGACGAGUGCAGGCGACGUGGCUCACGUUGUGUUGGGCAAGAGUGCCCAGAGGACGCUCCUCUCACAUCAGCUCCUACACCCAACCCAGACCACGCGGCUGUGGGUACCGUUGUCACUGUCGGCACAAAGAGCUUUCGCGAGGCUACGGGCUUCGCUUUCUACCAUAGUAGCGAGAGAUCUGGGCAAACGACACCGGCAAAGACCUCACCUGCGCCGUGCCAUUGAGAGCGAUGCCCUCGCACCAACCCCAAGGACUUCGGUGUCUGAGGAGCAUGUUCGACAAGUCUGCCAAGGCAAAUCCGAGACAUUGUCUCAGUAUUUGCAUAGAUCCCUUCCUUCACGCGAAGACACGGAAAGAAUAUGCACGGCCAGCCAGCACAAAUCUGUGCUCGCUCACGAAAUAAUGACCAUGCCAUACACCACACUCUCUGAGAAGGGGCUCAAGACCCCCGAGACUUUACUGGAGAUCCCCAGUCGAGAUCAGCAUCCGGUCUUGAUUGCGAGACACAUGCUCCUUCUGGCUACCUUUCUGCAACACCUCCACCCCGAUCUGCACAAGGAGAUCAAAGGCCUCUCAGAGUCUCCACAAGACAUUAUGGAACGACUUUCCGAUCUCGCUAUCCGCCUGGUAACGACAAACGAUGAGCUGCUUGGAAGCAUCGAGGGCCUUGAGUGUGUUAUGAUCGAAAGUGUAUUCCAGGCGAAUAUUGGCAAUCUGCGCCGAAGUUGGAUGGCGGCCCGGAGAGCAUUGAAUGUCGCGCAGCUCAUGGGGCUCAAUCGAGCGGGCCACAAGGCACAUUCUGAGGUUCUUGAUCCCGGAGCAAACUAUCACCCACAGCUCAUGUGGUUCCGGAUACGUAAGCAGCUUCCGGAUACACUUUUAACCCCUUUCAGCAAAAGACUCCCCUCUCUCCAGCCUCUUCAGCUUCGAGAGUAA